AGCAUAUUCCAUGGGCAAGAAGAAGAGCGCCAGUGGGAAGGUUGACAAGGCUGCAGCCAAGACCCAACGCCAGGAGGCCAAGAAGGCCAAGCAGAAUGCCAAGAGCGCCAAGAAAGACCGCAAGGCUCUUGGCACCGACGAGGAGGACAUUGAGCUGAUUCUGCAGGAGUUCCGUAAGAAAGAUGCCGAGCGCACCCAAGUGACCAUCGAAGCGGCGCCGCAGCCCACGCCCCGAGCCAAUUUCACGCUCUCUGCGCUCCCAUCAGGUGAGAUGCUGCUGUUCGGCGGCGAAUACUUCGACGGGGACGUAAACGUGUGCUACAACGACGUGUUCAAGUGGAAUCUGGACGUCAAGCAGCUGCAGAGCGCCGAGGAAGUGCAACAGGCCGUCAAGGAGGCACCCAGCGAGGCCGAGGCGCUGCGAGACGCUGCGUGGAAGAGCAUCAGCUCGCCCAACUCGCCUCCACCGAGAUGUAGCCAUCAGUCAGCAAUAUACCGAGACUAUUUAUACGUUUUCGGAGGUGAAUUCGCGACAGCUGAUCAGUUCCAUCACUACCGAGAUCUAUGGCGAUUCGACCUUAAAACGAAUGCGUGGGAAGAGCUAGAAGUCAAGGGAGGGCCGUCGCCUCGAAGUGGACACCGGAUGGUCGUCUGGAGGAACUACUUGGUCGUGUUCGGAGGCUUCUAUGAGGCCGCCCGAGAGACCAAGUGGUUCAACGACUUGUAUCUGUUCAACCUGGCUGAGCUAAAGUGGCAGAAGGUCUCGUAUCCGCCUCACAGACAAGCCCCGGCCGAGCGUAGUGGCUGCCAACUGGCUGUGCACCCGUCAAAAGACAUUGUAUUCAUUUAUGGAGGGUAUGCAAAGGUGAAGAAUGUGGGUGAAAAAUCGGAAGGCAAAGUGUAUUCGGAUCUGUGGGCGUUGAACUUGGCUCCAGUAUUGAAGCGACAGUCGCCGACAUGGGAGAAAUUAUCGAGAAAAGGCCAGGCUCCGAGUCCACGCGGUGGUGCCGCUGUGACGGUGCACAAGCAGCGGUUUAUUCUGUUUGGCGGUGUGUUUGACGAGGAGAAACGCCGCCAUGCCAUGCAGUCGACGUUCUACAACGAUCUGUUCGUGUACGACAUGGAUCGUCGUCGCUGGUUCGAGUUUAAGCUGCGUGGCAAGAAGUCGACGGACGGGAAACGUAGACGCAAGAAGAAAGAUAAGACGCUGGAGGAUGGCACGGCAAAUGACAGUGACGAGGACGACGAAGAAGAAGUGGAGGACUUUGAUACGAUGUUGGAGAAACAGUUUGGAUAUGUGGACGAUGAAGGCAACAUUGUGUAUAUCGAGGACGCACACGAGGAAGAGGAGACCAAGGAAGAGGAGGAUGAGCUUGGAUUCGAAGAGGAGUCGAAAGAAGAAGAGAAAGAGGAAGAGAAACCUGUUGUGAUUGAUGAGAGCCAGACGGAGGACCCGGAAGAGCAAGAGCUAGCAGCUCCUGCCCCCUGUCCGCGUAUCAACCCGGCUGUGAUGAUUCGUGGGAGCACCUUGUACGUGUAUGGCGGCGUAGUGGAGGAUGGCGACCGCGAGUUCACGCUAGAUGACUGCUGGUCGCUGGAUCUGAAGCGCCUUGACGAGUGGAGGGAAGUGCUGCCUGGCACCAUGUCGCAUCAGAUUUGGAAGGGUGAAGUGAGCGAGACGGAGGAGUCUUCCGACGGUGAUGACGACGACGACGACGAUUUCGACGAGGACGACGAUGAAGAUGAGGACGAUGAAGAGCGUAUAAAGGCACGCGAAGAAAAAGAGAAGGCGAAGGCGGUGGAACGAGCCAUGGCCAUGCUGAACAAGGACGAGGAAGACGACGACGAAGACGCAGCUAGGAAAGCCAAGAAGGACAAGAAGAAGAAAGCCAAAACUAAGAAAGAGAGCCACCGCAAGUCCAUACGAGCGGAGAUGGAGAAGCUACAGGAGCAACUUGGCCUGGACGACGUCGAGCGGACACCUCAGAUGGGCGAGAACUUGCGCGACUUCUUUGCGCGUACUGACGCGACGUGGGCUAGAGAAGUCAUGCAGCGUCCAAGCACGUUGGAGCAUGAGCUCAGUAUCAAGGAGAUCAAGCGUGGAGGGUUUCUACUCGCUGAAGCUCGUUACAAGGAGCUGCUACCAGUGUCGGGUAUCUAA